AUCUGUUAAUCCUCCAUUUUGACCUUACGUUUAGCUAAAGAAAAAUAUACAUGGAAAAAAAAUCUUGAGAAAAAAUGUCUGACGAAGAAAGGGACAGCGUGAUUGAAAGAGUGAGAAAAGAACAAGAAAUCUAUGAAGUUGAAGUCAGCUUUGAACACGGUGAGAACUUGUUGGAGAGCUGGAACCAUUGCACCAAGCACUCUCAACAUACAGAUUUUAUAUCCGUCACCAGCUUUAGCCUGGAACACCUGCCUGAACCCUUCAAGGAUGCUGACAUUGUCAGGGCCAUCGCUUUGUUGGCAAGGCUGACAGUUAAAAUACAAACGUUCUGCGCUAGUGAGGCCAGACCAGACAGCCAUAACGGCAUACCCUACCCCAGGUACAGCCCCUCUCAAAUUGUUUCUAGACUGGGGACAGGCAAAAUACAUUCCAUCAGUGUUUACCCAGAGGAUGGGGAAGAACAUUGCCGGUGUAAGACAUGUGAAAAAGAUCAAACCAUUACCAAAACAUGGGGUAUAGUGUCGAUUCUUACAGCAAAGCAUGUUGUGUUUGAUGAAGUUGAAGCUAAGAAUACAAUUUGUUUUUGGGCGUACGACAAGGAAAGCUGUCGUCCGAAGAUAUUUGAAGGUAUCGGCAUUAAGAAAACAGCCCUCGAAUAUGAUAUGUGUUUAUUUGAAUGCGCCACACAUGAGAUAGGUUUGUUAAAGAGUUUAAAAGACACGCUAGAAAGCUACACGUCAUUGUGUUCUCGAGUUUACGAAAAAUUUAAGCAUCGACCGAAUAAAAACUUGGCUAUUGUAGUUUCCCAUCCUCAUGGGAGUGUCAAGCAUGUCUCCAUUGGGAAGGUUGUGACAAAAGAUAAACUGGAGAACGAAGAUACCAGAUACACCUAUGACGCCCCCACCUGCCCAGGGUGCAGUGGCGCACCUGUGUAUGUGCUGGAGAAGAAGUAUGGAUGGUGGACCACACACCUGCAUAGUGCAUCAAUAACUGGGGGUAGUAUCAGUGGGAGGGCAUGGAUGUAAAUGGUGGAGGCAUCAUUUGAAGGUUGUGGAUGUAAAUGGUGGAGGCAUCGGUGGAUGUAAAUGGUGGAGGCAUCAUUUGAAUGGCAUGGAUGUAAAUGGUGGAGGCAUUAUUGGAAGAGCGUGGAUGUAAAUGGUGGAGGCAUUAGUGGAAGAGCGUGGAUGUAAAUGGUGGAGGCAUUAGUGGAAGGGCGUGGAUGUAAAUGGUUGUUGAUAUUUACAUCACUGAUGAAAAAUCAAUGGUAUAUUAUUAUUCUCUAUUCGAUUCGUCUUUAUGGGACAGUUUUGUUUUCCUUUACGUUUUUUAAAUGCAUAUUUGUAGAACUAUCUAAGUAUUUAAUAGUAUUAUCUGAGCUAGAUUUGAUACACAUUUUGACAACAUUUUUGUUAGAAGUUGUGCAGAUUUAUAUGUUGAUAAUUAUUAUUACAUUUAUUUAUUGUUCAAAGCUCUUUGAAAGCUCUGGCAGGCAACCAUUGUGAUUAUAAUAAUUGUUUUGCACCUAAACAUAAAGCACUUAAA